AAUAUACAGAGUCUUCUCUCUAUCUAUUCGUCUGCCAUGUUCUUCUUCCCCAAGAUUGUAUGCUGCAGCGAAGAAACUGUCAUCUCCGCCGGAAAAUGGACCGGCGUUAACCUGGACAGGUUCCCUGAGAAGCAUAUCAAUGUAAAUCCGGUGAACGGCGUUCGAUUUCCGGUGACUAUUCCGCCGCCAAGGCCGAAGAGGAUAAUACUAGUUAGGCACGGACAGAGUCAGGGGAAUGUGGACGAGGAAGUGUACACGAGAGUUCCGGAUCCCAAAAUUGGGCUGACAGAGAGAGGGAUAUCGGAGGCGGAGGAAUGCGGGAGGAGGAUUAGGGAUAUGGUAGCCUGCAAGGAUGGCGGCGACCAUCAUGAUUGGAAGGUGUAUUUUUACGUUUCUCCUUAUCGCAGGACGCUGGAAACGCUGAGGAAUUUGGGGAAAGCUUUUGAGAGAGACAGGAUUGCCGGCGUUAGGGAAGAGUCUCGUCUCCGAGAGCAAGAUUUUGGGAAUUUCCAGGACAGGGAACAGAUGAAGAUUGAUAAGGAGAAACGGAAACAUUAUGGCCGUUUCUUCUACCGAUUUCCAAAUGGGGAAUCGGCUGCAGAUGUCUACGACAGGAUCACAGGAUUCAGGGAGACACUAAGAGCGGAUAUAGACAUAGGGAGGUUUCAACCGCCGGGCGAGCAGAGCCCAAACAUGAACAUUGUAAUAGUGUCUCACGGUCUCACCUUAAGAGUGUUCUUGAUGCGAUGGUACAAAUGGACGGUUGAACAGUUUGACGGUCUCAACAAUAUGGGCAACUGUAAUAUGAUGGUUAUGGAACGAGGCUAUGGCGGCAGAUACUGCUUGUUAAUGCACCAUACUGAAGAUGAGCUAACCCACUUCGGAUUGACCAAGGAUAUGCUCCGCGACCAGGAAUGGCAAAUGAAUGCCAAACCAGGAGAACUAAACUAUCAUAGCACAAUAACCGGACCUGAUUUUUUCGACCAUUUCGAGGCUUAAAAUGGUCCCAUCAGCACUGAGACAUUACCGCAAGUAUUUGCACUCUACAGCAAGAUACAAUUCUACUUGAAAAUGAGUGUAAGUGUGUAACCCAAGGUCUCAACUUAGAAUGGUGUAUAGUAUUGUACAUUUUAAUGACUAAAUAUGUUUAAAGAUACUAUAAAUAGAUAAAUUGGGGAAUGUUAAGAUUUCAAAACUAUGACCUUUCAGUCUUGUUUUAGGGUAUGCCCAAUUCAACUUUGAUUGGAUAUA